AAGUAACUGAUGUCACAUGCUCGGGUCCGCUUUCAAAGCAUUUUUUUCCUCACUAGAAAACAAUUUCAGGACUGGCAGAUUUUCGAAACCUGUUCGGUUCGGAGACGCUUCGUAGUUAAAUUGAACUUAUUUUCGAGGCAGAACAAAGAGGGAACGAUUCCCCGUAGCAAAGGUUUAGAACGUGACUGAGAUACUUCGGAAAGCUCAAAAUGUAAACAAAGCUGCUUGAAUUGAUUCAAAAAUAGCAACUUGCAUUAGCCAAUCACACAUUCCUUAAAAUUUAUACAACCAAUGAAAGAUUGCAUAGUAUUUGGUUGGGAAAAUUGACAAAUCAAGUUUUCCAAUCGAUUGGAAGAAGGUAGACUCCCAUCAUCCGCCCCCCAAAAGUCCUCCGUAAAAACAACAACAAAGCAUUUUCGUUCGGCGAGUGUCUAAUUCGGAUAAGUGUUUACCGAUUUCGACUUUUCGGGCGAAAUUAUUUAAGUUCUGAUCAAAAUUAGGCGAAUCACUUCACGGAAGAUAGGGAGAAAAUUAUGCUGCUGUCGAGAAGGCGACCGAAAAAUUCGCUUCUUGGAGUUCGUGUCUGCGCUCCUUGGAAGGAUGGAUUCUACUAUUCCGGGAUAAUUGAGGCGGUCAAAAGCAAACCUACGGGCGAAAACACUUACACCAUUCUGUUUGAAGACGACUACAUUGCUGAAGUGGAUGAAGGAGAAAUUGUGGGACCAGGAUUCAGAAGCAUCGGAGCUUCCUCGUUAAAAACUGGUCAACAUGUUUACAUCACGUACAAGAGUCGCGAAGUUGGGGCCCGUGUACUUAAGAUUCGUUCAGAGUUCAACGAAGUUUUGGUUCAAAUUUUGGACCAACACGAAACAAUUGUCGCUGUGAGACCGAGUGAGAUUCAUCUGAUGAAAGGGCAACGGUAUUCCUCAGUGCCUAUGGAACUCAAAGGUAGCAACGGUACAAGUUCAUUCGUAUCGAGCCCGGUACCCUGCAAGAUGAGAGCACAUGGAAUACACUCUUACGAGUAAGUUGUAACUCCAAAAGGAAAAUCCGAACAUUUACUCUCACAUGGUGCUUUUUCGUAUUCGAGUACCUCGUUUACUUCUUCGAAACGUUUAGGUUAAUGGGAGGGAGUUUUAUUUCUACUUCUAAGGUUCUCAGAACGACGUCCUGUGAUAUUCCUUUGUUUAAAAUUCUUAAGGCUUAGCUCGUUAUUCACGUCCAUCGAUUAAAGCCGUUUUUUUUUUUUUUUCAGUGGAUGCACCAACCGACAAGAAAACGUUACCAGAAGUGAAGAAAUGGCUGCACUUGUUCUUACUGCUCUGUCAAUCUCGCCGGUUUUCAAAGAAGCGGAUCAAAGUAAGUGUGCAGUUUCUGCUUCCAGUAAUUAUUUGAUUCAUUGUACCAUCGAUCGUAAGCGAUCGGAACAUAUUUGCCAAUCGGCACAUAAAGCCGUUUUUCCUCGAUACGGUCCUUUUUCUCCGCUUUACGGCAGUGAUCACACCAAUUUUUGCCUGAUUCUAUUCGUGAUAAGUUUGUUUCUCUUUCCUACUUUCAGCGGACGAAAUGUUUCUUAGCUUUCCUCCAACUCCUGACUCAGGAUCCGAGAUGGCCGCAUUUUCGAGCCCGGGAAAUUCACCGCUCCGUUCGUCCUCGCCGGUGCACCCGAAUGACUCGAACUUCUUCUUUAGUGGUCCACCCUCUCCGGUUGACGAAGGAAUCGGAGUCGAUAUUCAAAAACAAGAAAACACCCGCAAAAGAAAGGUAGGGAAAUUUUUGGGCCAACUGAAAAUGAAAAAGAAGUUAAGCAGAAGUCCCUCCUAAUUUGGCGGUUUUGCCGAUCUGGCGUAAAAGAUUGCAUCAGCAUCUAGAUUAUAAUUCUACUCCCGUGGACAAGCUGAUUGAAACUGUGAUUCUCUCAAUUCAAGUUGAGAUAUGUAUUUUUAGGGGGUUUCUGUUGAUUCUGUGUGGAGUUGCAAAAUCUAAGGUGUGCGUUAAAUCACGCAACGGUGAAUCCGUCUCGUGUUGCUGUUUGUUCUAUAUUUGUUCCGUCAAUUCUCGGUUCUCGUAUUGACUCCAGUUUUUUAGCAUCCAAUGUCGUCUAUGUAGUUGUAAUUGCCAGUAUUUAAGGAAAAAACAUUACAUAUUUUCUUAUUUAUUUCCAUUUCGUUUUUAGACUUCUACCUCUUCGAGUUCAAGCGUGAAGACAUUGUACAAAUGUACGUGGCCGCGAUGCGGGAAAACCCUCUCCACCGCCCCCGGAAUUAUCAGACAUGUUCGAACAAUCCAUCUCGGGUACGCUUUGUUAUUUUACACGCUUUGGAUGGAUGUGUGUUUUAUAUUUUACUUGUAAUACGUUUUCUUUUUCGCCUCCACAUCACGUUAUGUUUGUUAGGAGUGAACUGAAACGGUAUUAAUUAUGGGUAUCUUUAGCCUGCUUUUGAAGAUUGUAUUUUCAACUUAAUGCACAAAUAAAACAACUUCAAUUUACAAUGGCCCCGGUUUUUCAAUUUUGAAUUAUGAAAUCGGUUCUGUCCUGUCAGCAAAUAGCUGAAUACCUCGGCAUUGAUUUAUAAGCGACGUUACAGACGCUUUAUCUUUGCCAAAUUUAGCUGAGGAAUGUUUUAAUAUCUUAGAGUUUUCCUGUUUAUCUUAUCUUUUUUCUGUGCGUUUCAGGCCUAAACGUUCGACUGAGGAAGGUUACAGUGACGGGGAAGAAGACUUCUACUUCAACGAAAUAGACUUAGAAGAAGACGACUACAUGAACGAUCAUGUUUUCCCAACACCGCUUGCACUGUCACCAACACCAACUCAGUCUCAUUUCGACAUGGUGAAGAACCCGUGGACCGAACCAGGCGCUGAAGUAUCACCAAGUGGAUGCGGCUCGCCACAACAUCCGCGCUUCAAUUGGGAUGCUUCGGCAAUCACAAGUCUCUCGACCUACCUACCUCCGUCGAAGGCGAGCAGUGGCAAGACCAGCCCAUCCAGGGUACAGCACAAUUCCCAUCUUCACACGCAUCGCAAGGUACGCGGAGAGAGCAAAAAAUGCCGAAAGGUGUACGGAAUGGAGAACAGACAUCUUUGGUGUACACAAUGCAGAUGGAAAAAGGCUUGCGUACGAUUUGCAGACUAGAGAACUGAGCAAACUUUCAUAAUUCACUUCACCAUGCAGAUACAUAUAUUUAUAGCUUGUUCGUAGCACACGGUUAGCGUGUCAUAAAAUGAAUGGAAAACGUGUAUAAAGAUUGAAUAUUUUAUUAAAAUCGUUAUAUUUUUAUAAUCGCAGUCGAUAGGUGCUACACAUCUUCUGCGAGGAAAGAGAAGAGAUUCGGUCGUUUGGCAUUGAUUUAAAAAAUUCGACGAAGAUUAGUGCAUGGUGCAAAAAUAUUUUACGACUCGUUCAGCUUUUGGACAUAACAUACUCUAGAGAAACAUUUGUAAUCUUGUGUCUAACAUGGUAAUGUAUUGGCACCGAACUAAACUUUAUUAUAUUAUAUGUAUAAACGAAAUGUCUGGAGGGUGGAAAGAAAGCAUUUCCAAUAAAUUUGAGAUGUGGGUUUGAUAACAG